UCUCUCUUUGGUCUGUUUCAGUCAGUCUCACACUAACUGCAACUUCCGGUGGCCAUGUAUCGAAUCGCUUCAAACUUAGCUUCCUCCUUGGCCUCAUCUACUUCCAAGAAGCUGGUCUGCGGUAGGGUUGUAUGCAAUAGGAGCUAUGCGGCGCAAGAUCUCACCUUGGAGAUUGGGCCACGCGCCGCCUUGCUUGAGGCUGCGGAGGCUGCCAGGUUUACCAUGGGCGCUCUGGUGCGACGUGUCUCUGAGCUUGGGGAGGCCUUCAGAGUUACGAUGGGAUCAAAGGAUGGUGUUACUGUUAAGAAUGUCAGUAAGACACUUGCGGAACAGUUCGCCGGAGCUGCUAAUACUGCUGGAGGAGAUGGUACAACCUCUGCAGCUGUCUUGACCCAGGCAACACUCACAGAAGGUUGCCACUCCAUAGAUGCUAGGGUUUCUUUCCUCAAAGAUACCGGUAUUGGGGAAAAUAGGAGAGCCAGUUUAGAUGAUCUAGCCAUCCUCACUGGGCGAGAGGUUAUAAGUGAAGAUAACAGUUUCAUUAUUGACAGAAUGCUCAUGUCACCCACAUUAAAUCAAUUGAUUCGUCAUAAUAGAACUGAGAAAAGUCGCACGAACCGUAAUCGAGCUUUGGAUAAAUGCCCCCAAAAGCAAGGAGUAUGCCUGCGAGUUUUUACAAGAACACCCAAGAAGCCAAAUUCAGCUCUGCGUAAGGUAGCCAAAGUAAGGCUGAGCAAUCGAAAUGAUGUAUUUUCGUACAUUCCAGGUGAAGGUCAUAAUUUGCAGGAACAUUCUAUGGUCUUAAUAAGAGGGGGCAGAGUGAAAGAUUUGCCUGGUGUGAAAUUCCACUGUAUCAGAGGAGUUAAGGAUUUGCUUGGACUUCCAAACCGAAGAAGAGGCCGAUCAAAAUAUGGUGCAGAAAAGCCAAAGAGCGCCUGAAAACAGCCUCUGCUUUUUCCCUUUCGUAUUUGGUCGUGUUGUUAAAGUCACUCGAUACUAUAAGAAAGCUGGUGAAAUUUGGAAAAUGGAGAUUUGCUGAAAUAGGAAUAACAAUGUGCUAUUCUUUUCAAAAGUUUGGAACAGUGAAUUUGGAAUCUUUGAGUAGUACGAGGUUCAAACGAUAAAUUUUGUGUAGGAAUUCUUCUUGUUUAGUAUGGUUAAUGUAGUUGCAGUGAUUCCAUUUCUCUGCUGAUAUUCCCCGCAGUCUAAGUCGCUGACAUUGUUCCAACCCAAGUCGCACCGUUGAAAUCCAGCUAAUAGUCAGUAAUGUUUGCUGUUGUGUUUUGAACUAUAGAAUGUGGUCGUUUUGGUUU